AUGAGCGAUGACGAUAAUCACACACGAAAGAGAAGGCAAGUCAGCAGCAGCUGCCAUCUGGAAUGUUCAUUCUGCUGCAAAGUAUGCCCUGAUAAGUUGUAUUUGCGACAACAUCAAUGGAUGCAUGAGGGUUUGAAACCAUUGAAAUGCAAUAUGUGUCCUAAGUCCUUUUGUUGGUAUAGUACUUUAACGGCGCAUAAACGAACACAUCGGAAGAAAAGAACAUCAUCUGAAGGUUCGCCAUCCUCACCAUUGUCAUCACUACCUACAAUGGUCAGUUCUUCUUCCAUCAAAAACCCGUAUUCCGUUGAUCAGCCAUUGUCUGAACUUAGUCCUCCAUCUUCUCUUGAGUCAACAGCUGACAGCAGACGUAUUUCCUGUAAACAAUGUAGCCGUUCUUUCUCCACACCCAGUGGGCUGAAAUACCACAUGCUUUCUCAUAAUAGUGUCAAGCGAUUUAUAUGCCAGAUUUGUAGUCGCCAGUUGUCAUCUCGUCAAGGUUUGGACUACCACCUUCGUUGCCAUUCAGGCGAGCGGCCAUACAAAUGUGAGGAAUGUCCCAAAACUUUCCGUAAUCAGACCUUACUAAACACACACUACAGUCAUAGACAUCCACACAUCAAGGAUGUUCCGGUGUAUUCCCCUGACUCUCCAAGUAUUCCAGUACUUGUAGGUUCACCCAUUCAAGAACCGGCUGAUUUCCGACGAAGAGGAUCAACAUCACUCGUCACUGAUAUGUAUGUAGAUGAAGCUGAUGUCAACACAUCAAUUAUUCACAAUCAGACACCAAUCUUCUCUGCCUCGCUAACCAUCCCAAAGGUGACUUCUCCAACUGCUAGUGUAAUGUCAUCGUGCGAUGCUUCUUCCCUUUCUUCAGGACUCUUAAAACUACAGAAACUGAACCCAUUGAGUCUCAUUAUUCCAUCACCCCAUAUAACACAGUGUGGCUCAUUAUCAGAGACAAGGGAAUCUGAAUUCAGAGUAGUGAGUACCAGUACAAUCUUCAGUAUAGUUUUGAUUCCAAGCCACAUUCCAUUUGCUAUAUGCCACUCCACUAAUGUUUACGUACAAUAA